UUAGUGUCACAGAUAUUGAAUAUUACUAUGAAGAAAAUGACGAUAGGGAUACCAUGACAGAAGAACAAAAGGUUCAAAUGAGAGAGGGAAAGAGAAAAGUUAGAGCAAUUAUCGGUCAGCAAGAAAAUAUUACAGAUAAAGAAAUUGAAGACACCUUGUGGGACUAUUAUUUCGAUACCGAGGAAACUAUUGUUCACUUACUAGAAAAGCAUCAGGCACAAAAACGAAGAAGGGAAGCUGCUUCAAAUAAAGAUUCAAGAGCAGAUCAUAAUGAUCAUUCCUUGAAUGACGGAUUUCUUCGUCCUAUAAGUAUUGGCGCAGACGUUAAAGUUCAUGAUUCUUCACUAAACAAAAAUGUUGCGACAUCAACCGGUUACAUGAAUGCCAACUGCAUAACACAGAAAGACAUUUGGUACGGGCACAAAGUUUGGUGGAGUAAUUUUGUAAACGUCAUAUCGGAAGAGACUACCAUAGUCAGAUUAAAUACAAGUAACAUCCAUAGUGGGGGAUUAUUGGGUGGUGCAGAUUCAGAGGAACAGAAUUCUUCUCAACCUGGAUUUUCUAAUUUGAGAAGAAAAUUGGCAUCUGACGGCCCUUCAUCAGAAGAAAAUUUAUUGAACACGAAGUUAUCUUUGAGUGCUAAUAUUGGAAUUCAGGAUUCAGGAAAAUCAUUGUUAUCUUUGGCUCGAUCUAGUGUUAGAACAACUUCGAGACGACCACUAACAUCAUUUUCCGCCGAUGCAAUGAAAAAACAAGAAUCAAAAAAAACCGAAAAAUCACCUUUAUCAUCAACUUAUACAUCGCAGAGUCAAAGUUCAUCCCUUCUGACAUUAGCGCAGAAGUCCUUAUCUCAAUCAACCAGUCGAGUACCUUUAUCAAGCCUUGCAUUAUCAAGUCGAGGGAAAUCUAUUACGUCAUCACAAACCACUUCUUCAAAAAAAGAUCAAGAAAAUUUAUUCCAGUCACAAGUCCAAGCCUUUAAUAAUUCCCUAAUCGCGCCACCAUCCAUUUUCGCCAUUGAGCUGUUUGCGGACCUUCAGCCUACAUGCCUCUUUUCUAAUAACCUUUCAUUUGAACUUUAUUCAGCAGAUUUAAAUGAGAAAAUUUUUUCUUUUAAAGAGCCAAGCCCUGGUGCUCUAAAAGGUACAUUAUCAGCUUCUCAAAAAUCCUUACGAAAGGAUGUGACCGAUGAAAUAAUAGAAGACAAAGAAGAUCUGGGGUUACGAAUCGAUAUGGAUGCUCUUCAAUUGGUUGAUCCAAUAGAGUCAUCGAAAGUAUCAUCCGAGGUCACUACUACUGUCGCGAACAAAGAGUCUUCAGCGCCUCGAUUACAACCUAAUAAUUUACCUAGAGCUUCUAAGGCAAAUUCUAAUAAGUCGACAAAACGCAUUGAUAUUGUCACUGAAUAUAAGAAACGUACUGCUGAAAAAUUGCCCUUAAAUUUGGUGGUCAUUGGUCACGUCGAUGCUGGGAAGAGUACUCUUAUGGGUCACUUACUAUACUUACUUGGGGAAGUUAAUGAGAAAACUAUGAAGGGUUAUGAAAGAGAAUCCUCAAGAAUUGGAAAAUCAUCUUUUUCUUAUGCAUGGGUUCUUGACGAAACUGAUGAGGAGCGCAGAAGGGGUAUAACUAUGGAUAUUGCCAUCACUAAAUUUGAGACAGAAAAUCGGCGGUUCACUUUAUUGGAUGCUCCUGGACAUAAGGAUUUUAUACCUAAUAUGAUUUCAGGAGCAGCUCAAGCAGACGUUGCUAUUCUUGUGGUCGACGCUACAACCGGAGAGUUUGAAGCAGGAUUUGAGGCAAAUGGUCAAACGAAGGAACAUGCCUUAUUAGUUAGGAGUUUGGGAGUACAACAACUCGUUGUGGCUAUUAAUAAAUUAGAUGUGGUUGGUUGGUCGCGAGCCCGAUACGACGAAAUAGUAACCAAAUUGAGCAACUUUUUAAGUUCAACUAAUUUCAAAAAAGAUAAGGUUUUUUACGUUCCGUGCAGCGGAUUAACUGGUGAAAACUUAGUAGAAAGAUCGCCUAACACUUUAGACUGGUAUGACGGAAAAACGUUGGUCCAGCAAAUAGAUCUUUUUGAACCUCCUGUACGUCUUCUAGAGAAACCAUUUAGACUUUCCGUUUCCGACUUUUUUAAAGGAGGUAUGGGAAACUCUAGUGGUGUUAUGGUAGCUGGUAGAAUAGAAGGAGGUUCAAUUCAGGUUGGAGAUGAAAUAAUGGUGGUUCCAGGAUAUGAAAGAAGUGUGGUAAAAG